GCCACAACAAGCUUUCCUCUUGACAAACAGGCACCAUGAAGUUGAGGCAGCGUCUCUCUGUUUGUGUCCUGCAGCUACUUUGCGUGACAUGGGGAGCAAAUGGAGGGAACAUUUUGGUCUGGUACACUGAAGGCAGCCACUGGAUUAACAUGAAGCCUGUGCUGGAGACGCUGAUCGACAGAAGCCACCAGGUAACGGUUCUGGUGCCGAGCACAUCGCUGUUCAUGAACACCAGUGAGCCUUCUCACUUUGGCUACGAACCUUUCAAUGUCACAAAAGAGAACAUGGAGGACUUCGUAAAUGACUUCAUUCACUUCUUCAUUUAUGAGAUGGAUCAUAUGAACUACUUGCAGAUGUACAUCAGAUACAUAGAUGUUUUAAGGGUCCAGGUGCAGUAUUCUUUGAAGUAUUUGGACGCCGUGCUGAAAUCAGAAACCAUCAUGAAGAAGCUGAAUGAGGGAAAAUAUGACCUUCUCCUGGCUGACCCAAUCUACCCUGGCAGUGACUUAGUAGCAGAGAUUUUGGGCAUCCUUCUUGUCUUAACCCUACGCUAUUCCGUAGCCAAUAACUGGGAGAGAUAUUGUGGUCAGCUACCCCAGCCAUCUUCCUUUGUCCCUGGCGUAAUAAGCAAACUGACUGACAAGAUGGACUUCUCACAGAGAGUGUGGAACUUUCUCGCCUACGCAGUGCAAGACAUCAUGCAAGAAUGUUUCUUUUGGACCAAACUCAAUAAAUAUUACUCAGAAUUCAAAGGCAGCCACUGGAUUAACAUGAAGCCUGUGCUGGAGACGCUGAUCGACAGGGGACACCAGGUGACGGUUCUGGUGCCGAGCACAUCGCUGUUCAUGAACACCAGUGAGCCUUCUCGCUUUGGCUACGAACCCUUCAACGUAUCUGUCACAAUAGAGAGCAUAGAGGAGUUUUUUGAGGAAUACCUUCGCUUCUCCAUGUAUGAAAUGGAUCAAAUGAGCUACUUGCAGUUAUACAUAAGAUACAUGGAUCUGAUGAAGGUCGACCUGCAGUAUUCUUUGAAAUAUUUGGACGGUGUGCUAAAAUCAGAAACCAUCAUGAAGAAGCUGAAGGAGGGAAAAUAUGACCUUCUCCUGGCUGACCCAAUCUACCCUGGCAGUGACUUAUUAGCAGAUAUUUUGGGCAUCCCCCUGGUCUUCACCCUGCGCUUUUCCCUAGCCAAUAACUGGGAGAGACACUGUGGUCAGCAACCCGCUCCACCUUCCUUUGUCCCUGGCGCUAUGAGCAAACUGACUGACAAAAUGGACUUCUCAGAGAGAGUGUGGAACUUUCUCUUCUACGCACUGCAGGACAUCGUGAUUGAUGAUGUUAUUUGGAAAGAAGUAGAUAAAUAUUACUCCGAAGUCAAAGGAACACCCACCAGUGCCUGUGAGAUGAUGGGUAGAGCAGACAUCUGGUUAAUACGAACCUACUGGGAUUUUGAAUUCCCUCGUCCUUUACUCCCUAACUUCAAAUAUGUUGGCGGGAUCCACUGCAGACCUGCUAAACCUUUACCAGAGGAUAUGGAGGAGUUUGUGCAGACUUCUGGAGACGCUGGCAUUGUGGUCUUUACUUUGGGAUCAUUCAUCAAGAACAUCACCACAGAGAAGGGAAACAUGAUAGCCUCAGCCCUCGCUCAGAUCCCACAAAAGGUGCUGUGGAGAUACAGUGGAGAAAAACCAGCAACUCUGGGUGCCAACACCAGAAUAUAUGACUGGAUCCCUCAGAAUGACCUACUGGGUCACCCCAAAACCAGAGCUUUCAUCACCCAUGGUGGCACAAAUGGGAUUUACGAGGCCAUCUACCACGGUGUUCCCAUGGUGGGCAUCCCCAUGUUUGCUGACCAGCCAGACAACAUGGUCCAUAUUAAGGCUAAGGGAGCUGGAAUUAUAGUGGACUUCAACUUCAUGAAGACUGAGGACCUUAGAGAUGCAAUCAAUGCUGUCAUCAGUGAGAAAUCGUACAAGGACAAUGUAAUGCAGCUGUCCAGUAUCCACCACGACAGACCAAUGAGUGCUCGAGAUGAGGCAGUAUUCUGGAUCGAGUACACCAUGAGAAACAAAGGGGCCAAGCACCUGCGGGUUCAGGCCCAUGAGCUCACCUGGUACCAGUAUCACAGCCUGGAUGUCCUGGCCUUCCUCCUCGCCGUCGUUCUGUUCAUCUUACUUCUCUUCAUCAAGACCUGCACAUUCUGCUUCCAGAGGUGCUGCGGCAGAAAGGGAAAGACGAAGAGAAAGGCGGAGUAACUGACUGAAUAGAAAUGUUGUGCCACCUGGUUGUCGUGUUGGUCUAAAUAAUGUAAUGCAACCACAACGCCCUGGAUUGUAACUUGUGGCUUGGGACCAACAAUUGACACUACUUUGAACAACUAGUUUGAGCUUCAUGGGAAACUCCAAACAAUGUAUCAUAUGAAAGUUGUUAUUUGUUUCACUUGUUUUGUCACCAUGAACUCAGGUUCAGUCAGCCUAGCCUGAAAAACUGAAGUUAAAACAUUGUUAGCCUCUACAUAGACAAUUACUAUCUAUUUGCAUUCCAUUAUGUGUGAAUUCUUCAUUUGUU